AUGAAAUUCUUAAGCAUUGGAUCCUUGUUGGCUUUGUCCGGUUUAGCAGCCGCCGGAAAUUUGCACCAUGGCGGAGCCAGCAGUUAUAGCACAGUGGUCGAACAUGGCCAUAGUUAUGGGCAUGGCGGCUCAGGACAUGGUAUUGAAAGCGGUCAUGGUUGGUCUGGACAUGGAAUUGCUAGUUAUGGCCAUGGUGGUGCUGGUGAAGCCAGCAGCUAUGCCUCCGUUGUCAAACAUGACGAUAGUCAUGGUCAUGGUGUUGAAAGCGGUCAUGGUUGGUCCGGACAUGGAUACGCUUCUUAUGGUCACGGCGGUUCCGGUUAUAGCCACGGUGGUGCUGAUCAUGAUUAUGGCCAUGAUUAUCACUCAUAUCCCCAAUAUGAAUUUUCAUAUGGAGUUAAGGACUCAAAUACUGGUGAUAUGAAAGAUCAAUGGGAACAUAGAGAUGGUGAUCAUGUUAAGGGCAGCUACACCGUGAAGGAAGCUGAUGGCACCACCCGUGUUGUUGACUACCAUGCCGAUGGCCACCAUGGUUUCCAUGCUGUUGUCAAGAAGUUAGGUCAUGCCCAUCAUCCAGAGACUUACCAUCAUCAUGGUGAUUAUGCUGGUCAUGGUUAUGGACAUGCCACCAGUUAUGCUAAAGUAAAGGUACAUUGA